UCAAUAGCUGGUCACACUGGCGCCCAGCUGCGAACUUAUUUAUUUUAUUUGAAGUAAAUUUUUCAAUUAAAAAUCAACCAAAAUGUCUAUUGCCAAACGUGUGCAGCAAUGGGCAACGUUUGCACGCACCUGGCACAUCUACGAUUGCACUUGGCAGAAUCCAUUCGAGUCCGCCAAAUUGGUUAAAACCCAUUUAAUGGGCCUGCAAAAGCCUAUAUAUCAUCCCAUGAUCUUCAAACGCGGCCUGUGCACUUCACACAAACUACUCCCGAUUUACCAGAUACAGAGACGCAAUAUGGGACGCUUGGGAAACGUAGAUCCUAGCUCUUAUUCGCAGCCAGAUUUAAUCACAACAGAGCACAGUGCUCUCAACUGGACGGUUGAUUUCGAGUCCACCAAAAUCCAAGGAAGUGUGCUCCACCGCUUCAAAGUUUUAACUUCAAAUCUUGAUAAGAUUCUCCUGGAUGUACGUGAUAUUAAUGUAACCAACGCCACGUUGCUGGCCGGAGGCAGUGAACUGCCGAUUAACUACUUCAUCAGCGAUGCCGUCGAUGAUAUUGGCCAGAAGCUAACUCUCGAGUUGCCAUCUGGAACGGCUAAGGGCAGCCUCAAUGUUCGCAUUGAUUACGAGACGUCGAGUAGCGCCAGUGGACUGCAGUGGUUGAACCCCACCCAGACUUUGGGCAAGGAGCAUCCCUAUAUGUUCUCUCAAUGCCAGGCGAUCCAUGCUCGCUCAGUGAUUCCUUGCCAGGAUACUCCAGCUGUUAAAUUUACCUAUGAUGCUACUGUGGAGCAUCCCAGUGAGCUUACGGCUUUGAUGAGCGCUCUUAUUGAUAAGAAGGAACCUGGAAGAACACAAUUCAAGCAAGAGAUUCCCAUUCCUGCCUAUUUAGUGGCUAUUGCCAUUGGAAAAUUAGUUUCCCGCCCGCUAGGAGAAAAUUCGAAUGUCUGGGCAGAAGAAGCAAUUGUGGAUGCCUGUGCCGAGGAAUUUUCGGAAACUGCUACUAUGUUGAAAACUGCCUCGGAAUUGUGCGGUCCUUAUGUCUGGAAGCAGUACGAUUUGCUGGUUAUGCCUCCAUCAUUUCCAUUCGGUGGCAUGGAAAAUCCAUGCUUGACUUUCGUAACCCCAACUCUUUUGGCCGGGGAUAAGUCCCUGGCUGACGUUGUAGCUCACGAGAUUGCCCACAGUUGGACUGGUAAUCUGGUGACCAACAAGAACUUUGAGCAUUUCUGGUUGAACGAGGGCUUUACGGUGUUUGUUGAGUCGAAAAUCGUGGGAAGAAUGCAGGGCGCCAAAGAGCUGGACUUUAAGAUGCUCAGCAAUCUCACUGAUCUGCAGGAGUGUAUGCGCACUCAACUCGACAAGACACCCGAGCUGACCAAGCUGGUGGUGGAUCUAUCGAACUGUGGACCUGAUGAUGCUUUCUCCUCAGUGCCUUACAUCAAGGGUUCUACCUUCCUGCGUUAUUUGGAGGAUUUGUUCGGAGGCCCCACUGUUUUUGAGCCAUUCCUCAGGGAUUACCUUAAGAAAUUUGCCUACAAAUCGAUUGAGACAAAUGAUUUCAAGAGUGCUCUUUAUGACUAUUUCAUCGAUACCGACAAGAAGGAUAAACUGAGUGUUGUCGAUUGGGAUUUGUGGCUGAGUACUGAGGGCAUGCCACCAAUUAUCCCCAAAUUUGAUGAGUCCCUGGCCAAUGUGACCAAGGAAUUGGCCAGUCUGUGGAGCGCCAAGAGCGUCGCUGAAUUGACCGACGGUGUUGAAAUCAAGAAAAACAUUUCCAUUCACCAACUUAUUGAUUUUCUGGGUAAACUGAUCGAAAGCAAAGAUAUUGCUGACCUGACCGAGCGCAAGAUCGACCUUCUGGAGUCCACAUACAAUUUGAAGAGUUCCAAAAACGCCGAGGUUCGUUUCCGUCUCAACCGUUUGAUUAUUCGUGCCCGUUUGAUUAAGCGUCUGGAUGAGAUUCUCGAAUUCGCCAACUCAAAUUUCCGCAUGAAGUUCUGUCGCCCAAUCUAUCGUGACCUGGCAGGUUGGCCCGAGGCUAAGCCCGCAGCUGUUCGUAACUUUGCCAGCGUCAAGGAUCAAAUGAUGGCCGUGUGCUCGCACACAAUUGAAAAGGAUCUGGGAUUGAAAUAAAUUUAAGUCUGAUAUUUGCAUUUUUUAAAGAUUUAAAUGAAACAAUAAACUUGUUGCAAUAA